UCUAUCCCCUCUGGGAGGUGAGUCAGCGCGGAACCUCUGCAUCUACGGCGAGCUUUCCUGGCCUGGGCGUUGGACUCGCAGUUCUGCCUUCCCAGGACCCUGCCCUUCCCCAGAAGGAGCAGGAGAAAAUGACCAAGUUUCAGGAGAUGGUGACAUUCAAGGAUGUGGCUGUGGUCUUCACCAGGGAGGAGCUGGGGUUGCUGGACCUUGCCCAGAGAAAGCUGUAUCAAGAUGUGAUGCUGGAGAACUUCAGGAACCUGCUGUCAGUGGGCUAUCAACCCUUCAAACUAGAUGUGAUAUUACAGUUGGGAAAAGAAGACAAGCUUCGGAUGAUGGAGACAGAAAUCCAAGGAGAUGGGUGUUCAGGACACAGGAAUCAAAAUGAGAUAGAUACCCUUCAAGAAGUAAGAUUAAGAUUCCUUUCAUAUGAAGACCUUAUAUGCUGGCAAAUAUGGGAACAAUUUACAAGUAAAUUAACCAGUAAUCAAGACCUAAUAAUAAAUCUUCAAGGCAAGAGGUCCAAGUUGCUAAAACAAGGUGAUUCCCCCUGUCAGAUGUGGACAGGAGAAUCUAGUCAGGUCUCUGAAGAUGAGAACUAUGUAAUAAAGCUGCAAGGGGAGAGUUCAAAUAGCAUAAAAAAUCAAGAGCUUCCAUUGAGGACCACCUGGGAUUUCUGGAGGAAAAUGUAUCUGAGAGAACCACAGAAUUAUCAGAGUAGGUGUCAGCAAAUUGAUGUAAAAUAAAAUAAGCUCUGUAAAUGUGAUCAUUGUGUUAGGCAAAGAAUUGCUCAUCAACAUGAUGAUCAUGGAGUACACAAAAGAGAGAAAGCUUUUAGCCACAAUAAUUGUGGAAAAGACUGUGUGAAGGAAUCAUCCCAGCAUAGCAUAAUCCAAUCAGGAGAGCAAACCUCUGAUGAAAAUGGAAAAGGCUUCAGUGUUGGCUCUAAUCUUGAACUUCACCAGCAACUACACUUAAGAGACAAGCCUCAUGUAAAUGUUGAGUACGGGAAGGGCAUAGGUUACAGCUCAGGGCUUCCCAGGCAUCAGUGUUUCCACAUAGGAGAGAAAUGCUAUAGGAAUGGUGACAGUGGUGAGGGCUUCAGUCAGGGCUCACAUCUGCAACCUCAUCAGAGAGUCAGCACAGGAGAGAACCUCUACAGAUGUCAGGUAUAUGCCCGGAGCUCCAACCAGAACUCCUGUCUUCCCUCUCAUGAGCUUACUCACCCAGGAGAGAAGUUGUGUACAUGUGGCAGGUGUGGGAAGGGCUUCCAUCAUAGCUUAGAUUUUGACAUUCACUGUGUAGACAGUGCUGGAGAGAGAGCCUGUAAAUGUGAUGUAUAUGAUAAAGGCUUCAGUCAGACAUCACAACUUCAAGCCCAUCAGAGAGGUCACUCUAGAGACAAGACAUACAAAUGGGAAGUAAGUGACAGGAUAUUUAAUAGGAAUUCUGGUCUUCACCAGAGAGUUCACACUGGAGAGAAACCAUAUAAAUGUGAGGUAUGUGAUAAGGGCUUCAGUAAGGCCUCAAAUCUUCAAGCCCAUCAGAGAAUCCACACUGGAGAGAAACCCUACAAAUGUGAUGUGUGUGAUAAGAACUUCAGCCGUAAUUCCCACCUUCAGGCCCAUCAGAGAGUCCAUACAGGAGAGAAACCCUACAAAUGUGACACAUGUGGGAAGGACUUCAGUCAGAUCUCUCAUCUUCAGGCCCAUCAGAGAGUUCACACAGGAGAGAAGCCAUACAAAUGUGAGACAUGUGGGAAGGGCUUUAGUCAGAGUUCGCAUCUCCAAGACCAUCAGCGAGUCCAUACUGGAGAGAAACCCUACAAAUGUGAUGUGUGUGGGAAAGGCUUCAGUUGGAGUUCACAUCUUCAAGCCCAUCAGAGAGUCCACACAGGAGAGAAACCAUACAAAUGUGAAGAAUGUGGGAAAGGCUUCAUCUGGAACUCAUAUCUUCAUGUUCAUCAGAGGAUCCACACGGGAGAGAAACCCUAUAAAUGUGGCAUGUGUGGUAAGAGCUUCAGUCAGACUUCACAUCUUCAAGCCCAUCAGAGAGUCCAUACUGGAGAGAAACCAUACAAAUGUUUUGUGUGUGGUAAGGGCUUUAGUAAGAGUUUGUCUUCAGAUUCAUCAGAGAGUCCAUGA